CCUGUACAUUGAUGUGUACGUAUCAGCUAUAAGCUGCCGGUACAUUUAUAUAUAACAAUAAUAAUAUAUUCUUGGAUGAUAUAUAGGCCCGGUGGUAUUAAGUAAUUCAUUUUUGGUACUAAGCCUUUAUCGCUGAGUGUACUUUUCUUACCACGGGUAAACUAAUACUCAUCGAGACAGUUCUAAAAACCCCAAACACAAUUAGGUUGGGUUUUUCAUCACAGAGUUCCUAUGGCCACCUGCUGUCUCCAUCAUCAGAUCAGCUUGAUGGUGCCAUAAUAUUGCAUUGUCACCCGACUGUAUGCAAAUUUUCAGCUCAAUCGGAAAUCGGGAAAUGGGUAAAAUUUAGCUGCCAAGAUUUGACCCACACCAACAUACAUACAUACCUACUAACAUACGUACUUACUUCUCUGGCGCAGCGACCCAAAGUGUGUCUUGGCUUCCAACACGACUGCUCGCCACGAUCUAAGACACAUUCGUCAGAUUCCUUUUUCGUCAGGAUUAAUUAUAUCCUGUUUUUUUCGGACGAAAACGGAAUUCCCCUUUGGACAGAAAAAAAAUAACUUUGACUGAAGGUGUCCACUCAUCCCGGACCUGUACAGUUUCUCGCUAGUCUUCAAGCUGGAGCUCGCGCAGAUCAGUGUCCACCACAUCUGCCCAUCGAUACCUAGGUCGACCGGCUGGGCGGCGUGCUGUCGGUUUUCCCUCAAACGCUCUUUUCACCGCCCGAUCGCAGCCGUUGCGCCUUUGCCGCCCACCCAUGAUAUUUGGCUCAGCUACUAUCUGUUCGACUUCGACGUUUUUGCGGAUUCUCCAGCUGCCAUCGGGUCGCUGCGUUGGGCCAAGGAUUUUGCCAAGAAUCUUCCUCUCAGCCACCAGAAGCUUGUUUACCUCCUUCAAAGUUAGUGUCCAGGCCUCACAUUCGUAUGUUAAGAUGGGUCGUAUUACGGUCUUGUAAAUUCGGAUCUUAGUUUUUCUGCUGAGAGGCCUGGACACCAAGACUUUGUGCAGAGCUGCACCGCACCGUAAGGCAUUCUGAAUACGAAUGUCAAUUUCUUCGUCACGGGUAUUGUUGUCGUUGAUCGUACAGCCUAGGUAUUUAAAUUUGGCCACCCCUUUAAACACAGUAUCUCCAACAUGUAGAUCUGCAGGUUUGCCUCGACCGGUUUUGUAACGUCGCAACAGGGUACAGGGCGAUCUGACGGAUGCUUUUUCAGUGGACACGGGGUUAAAACAGGGCGAUGCUCUAUCGCCAACGCCAAUUUUUAAUUUAGUGCUGGAGCAUGUCCUUAGAAAAGUUCUAGCUUUGGAAGUCGGACUAGAACUAAAUUGAAAGCAUAUGGUGGUGGGGUAUGCCGAUGACCUGGCUAUAUUGGGUAGUAGUAGAACAGAGGUCCAGGUGGCGACUAAGACCCUUGAGACAGAAGCUUUGAAAGUAGGCUUACGUAUUAACCACGAUAAGCCUGAGUACCUAUUAACAGGGUAAGUUAAAUAAAAGCUUGUAAAUACGAAAGUAGCUCAGUCUGUCUGUAACUCUGUAUGUUAGCUCGUCACAAUUACACCGCUGAACGGAUUAAGAUUCGUUAAUUGAAUCCCGGAAAAAGGAUAUAGGAUAAUCUUUAUCCCGGAAAUUAUCGCGAAAAUGUGACUAGUUUUCCAAACCAACAUAUCCCGUAAAAAUGAGCAAAAAAUAGGCUGUAUAUUAUAAUAAUACGCUUUGGUUGUUCUGUCAAAUUUAUUGAUCCUGGCAUAUUUCUACGUAUGAAUUCUUCAUGAAAUUAUCAAUAAACACACUUUUGAAAGUGUAAAAUUGUCAUUUUCGAGAUGCUAUCCAAAUUGAAAUAAAAAAUUAAUGUUUUUUCACACAAAGAUUUAGUUCUUAUUAUUCAUACGGAAUCAUUACGCCAUUCAUGUUUUGGAGCUUUUAAAUUUAUAUUUUGUAUGUGGAAUCCGUGAGAAAAAGCCUUUCAGGUAUUCGACGGAAUGGUGCCGUCAAAAUGUUCGUGUACGAAGGUAAAAGACGGCAACUCAAGGACCAAUCGGUACAAGGGCGUCGAAAACCUCCUGCGGCGAAUAGCCUUCAAUUUAGGAAAUACACCAUCCAAAACCGAAGUGAAGGUCAUAUCGUGCAUACCCAUCGACGUAACGGACCUACAGCAGAAGAUAAUUUGUCUCGAGAGACAACUAGAAAAAACGCAGUGCGACAGUAAGAAAUGUGCGCCCGUCAUUGUGAACAGAGUUGGUGCAGACUCCACAAAGCCUAACACGCGACAGUCCCAAGUUCAACUUUUCGACAGCCCAACCUAUUAUCCUCGCAGGCACAAGCAUACACCAGACUUGUCUCGCUAUUCACAAGAUCCCGCACAGUAUAGACCAAAAAAAACUGAAUCUCGGAAUGUCUUCGGACGCGUGAUCCCGGAAAAAGAACGCACGCGUCUGGUCUACUAUGCUCAAACUGCCGGAAGUCCCUUCACUUACUAUAAAAAAGCUAAUGAUACAAGUAAAGAGAACUCUGACGAGCCGAUGGAUAGGGAGUAUUUAUCAUCGCUUGUAGAACGUCAGCACAUGGUGAAGAUGUACAUGGAUGACGACAUGUUGGGAAGCCAAGGGUCAGUGCCCGUGUGCCGCGACGUGCCCCGCUGCUCCGGUACCUCCGACGACAUGUGCUCCUGCUGUCACGGAAACUUCCUCGAUGUGGAUUGCAAAAUUCGCAAGCGACCAUUCUACGAUCCGAACAUAGACCAUGGAAACAUUUAUUACGACUCCAGUUUAUAUGAUGUUAAGCCAGUAAAGGAAAAACCUGUUAAAAAUGGUAACCAAAUCAGAAAGGAUAUGACGUUUUUGCCCGAGUAUUACCGAUUUAAGCCAGAAUAUUGUUUAAAUAUGGUUCCAAUGCCGCACAAUCACUGUAGUACGAAACCUAUUCAAAAGAGGGAACGUCGUGCAAAACCAGUUUUUCUUCCGAAUGAUUCGUCUGCAACCGACGGUCUCGUUGAAUUUAGUCACGUUUAUCCAAAGCGACUAUCACCGAAGCAAGAACUUAGGCAUAAUACGAAUAAUGUGUCAAGAAAUGCGGAGUGCACUGCACGAAGUGACAACACUGAAUUCCACCUGAGACCCUCUAAACCCAUUCAAACGUUGCAUUCAACUAACCUCAUAUCCACCUCUAAUAAUCUCAGCCAAUCCGGGAAUGCUGAAUGUUCACAGGCUAUAGACAAUAGCAAAUGUCUUAUAGGACACAUGAAAGCUCUUAAGACAUCCUUGUCCAAGUUCGGAUCUACCCAUAAUGGUAUAAAAGCAACGUCAAAAAACGCAGCCUGCUUGGCCCACCCUGUGAACGAGAUAGAAUGCCAAACUGAUCCUUUAAAGGACCUUCAAUCUGAUUCCACCAGUCCUCCUGAUAAAACAGAAUCUACCCUGAAUCAGAUCAAGACUAUGUUAGAGACAGUCCUGGUAGAAGUAAAGACAAACAGCGGAGUGAGGACUAUCGUGAGCGAAAAAGAGACAAAAGAUGCGACUGUGCAGAAUGAAAAUGGACCAACUUCAGAAUGUGAGCGUCUCCUAAAUAGUAUCACGUAUAGUCCUUACGCCAUGCUUAAUCCGUACAUGGCAUCAUGCUCUCGUACUCUACCCUCGUACUGCAGCUCCAUGAUGCGUCAAACCCUUACUACGCCGCGGCACGAAGUGCCUCCACCAGAUUACGUGCCAAACUUCCCUGAAAUGGUUCACCAAACAGUCGCCGCACACUCAUGCUUUCCCGAUAGAAAUGCUAUGCAACCAAAGCUGACCUCGACAUGCGGAACUAACACAUUGCACGAACCGCCGAAGAGGCGAAACACAGAAACGGAAGAUCUUAUAAAAGAAAUUUAUAAAUCAAUAAAAUUAGAUGUGGAUUAUCCAUUAAAGUCAAGGUCUCGUGACAUUAUCCAUGACAGUAAGGCGCUCGACGUUUGUAAAAAACCUGAGACCAAAACGACGCUGGGCCGUGAAGAAAUAGUAUUCAGAGGAGAUGUCGGCACGUCUAGAGCGGCAAGAUUAGGAAGUCCUAGCAGCCACUCAAGCCUGACCAGACCCCAUCGGCGGGGAUCUUUACACCAGCAACCGAAACAUACUACCAGCGCGCAGAGACGCCAAUGCAUCUCUAAAGGAACAAAUAAGGACUCGCACACAUCGGAUUCUGAUAGCGAAAGUGAUGACGUUGUCCAGCCUUCGGCUUCCCCUGGUAAAACUGCGUCGAUACCCGCUAAAAAAGGCUUCUUCGGUAAAGUAAUGUCUUCAGUCGUUAAGAAGAUGCGCAAAAAAGAAGAACAGCCACAGCCGCUUGGAAUGCGUACUACCGCAGCCACACAAGACUCAGAAUCAUCCGACUUCGAAACUCCUAUCGUGCCAAAAGAACGGCCUGUCAAACACGUGUCUUACGCGCCUGCUGCCGAAACGUGGAGGGAAGGUAGUCCUCGUCCAAUGAUUACGUCAUCGAAGACGCGUCGCUUAGGGCAGACAGCGUACAGACGUCCAGAGCGCCCCGGGCACCAAAAUCAACGCAUGCCAAGAUACGUCCCUCCGCGGCCUCGCAGCGUACUCCGCCCUCACGCAGGCAGCUCUCAAAUCCGACGCACCAUCUACAGACCUCAACCACCGAACCGACCAAGAACACCACCCGAAUAUAUGAAGAGAGUCCCGCAUAACCAAUACGAUUGGCGAACCACGCCCACUAGAUCCGUUCAUCGUAUGGCGCCGACGAAUGAUUACAAACCUAGGAUCCCAACUAAAAGCCCAGGGCUUAAAAUAACUAAUAAAACUUGGAUGAGAAAACCGGUAUACCAUUUAGGGUUCGCGUGUGGCCCGGAGAAGGAGAAAAUUAUGAUGAAUUAUUGAGUGGAGUGAAUGUUUAGGUCAUUCGAAAUUGUUAGUGACGUCUUUUUUAAAUUGUCUAUAGUGAAUGUCUUGUGAUAUUAUUGCGAAUUAUUAAAAUUGUGAGUUUGAUUUUAA